AGGACAGAACUGCGCCGGGUUUAACGACUCACGACCGACCAUGGAUAUUUCUAAGCCCAUCGCGUUCUGUGAACAUCUCCAGCUCUCUGCCAUCGGUAUACAGCCGGCGUCCAUAUCCUUCCAGACCCUUACCCUCGAGUCGGACCACUUCAUUUGCGUGCGCGAGAAGGUCAACGAGGCGAACCAGGUUGUCAUCGUAGACCUUGCAGACGCCAACAAUGUUCUGCGGAGACCAAUCACGGCCGACUCGGCCAUUAUGCACCCGCACCAGAAGAUUCUCGCGUUGAAAGCUGGCCGCACAUUGCAGGUGUUCAACAUCGAGACGAAGCAGAAGGUCAAGUCACACGUCAACAACGAGGAUGUCGUCUUCUGGAAGUGGAUUUCGGACACUACCCUUGGUCUUGUCACGGAAACCGCGGUCUUCCACUGGACAAUCUCGGACGCGACCUCCCCCCCGCAGAAGAUCUUUGACCGUCAUCCCACACUCGUCGGCGCGCAGAUCAUCAACUACCGGGCGAGUGCUGAUGAAAAGUGGCUCGUCCUCAUUGGUAUCUCGGGCAACACGACGAACCCCGCGGCGUUCAAGGUCAAGGGUGCCGUGCAACUGUACAGCAGGGAGCGGGGCGUCAGCCAGCCGAUCGAGGGUCACGCAGCGUCAUUCGCCGAACUCAAGCUUGAUGGACACCAGAAGCCGACAAAACUGUUCACUUUCUCGGUUCGCACUGCCACUGGCGCAAAGCUCCACAUUGUCGAGAUCGACCACCAAGCACCUGACGCGCCGUUCACUAAGAAGGCGGUCGAUGUCUACUUUCCUCCAGAGGCGACGAACGAUUUCCCGGUCGCAAUGCAGGUCUCGAAGAAGCACGGCAUCAUCUACCUCGUCACCAAGUACGGCUUCAUCCACCUCUACGACCUCGAGUCUGGCGCAUGUCUCUACAUGAACCGUAUCUCUGGCGAGACCAUCUUCGUGACGGCCGAGCACGAGGCUUCCAAUGGUAUCAUCGGUGUCAACAAGAAGGGCCAGGUGUUGAGCGUCAGCGUUGACGAGCAGACUAUCGUCCCCUAUAUCCUAACGACGCUGAACAACACGGAACUCGCGUUCAAGCUCGCGAGCCGUGCGAAUCUCCCUGGUGCCGACGACCUAUACAUCAAGCAGUACCAGCAGCUUUUCCAGAGUGGUCAGUAUGGAGAGGCUGCCAAGAUUGCUGCGAACUCGCCCAGGGGUAUCCUCCGGACUGCGCAGGUUAUCGAGUCGUUCAAGCAGGCGCCCUCACCACCGGGCGGCCUGUCCCCGAUCCUCCAGUAUUUCGGUAUAUUGUUGGAGAAGGGUGAGCUCAACCAACACGAGUCGCUGGAGCUGGCGCGUCCUGUCCUGCAGCAGGGCCGCAAGCAGCUUCUCGAGAAGUGGUUGAAGGAGAACAAGCUCACAUGCAGCGAAGAGCUCGGUGACAUCGUCCGGCCAUACGACAUGACGCUUGCGCUGAGCGUGUACCUCCGCGCUAACGUGCACAACAAGGUGAUCGCAUGCUUCGCUGAGACGGGCCAGAUCGACAAGAUCCUCUUGUACGCCAAGAAGACCGGCUACACGCCCGACUUCGUUGGCCUGCUACAGCACAUCAUGCGCACCAACCCUGAGAAGGGCGCCGAGUUCGCUACUCAACUGGUGAAGGACGAAGGUGGUCCUCUGGUCGACGUCGAGCGGGUGGUCGAUAUCUUCAUGUCGCAAAACAUGAUCCAGCCGGCAACGUCGUUCUUGCUGGAGGCGCUGAAGGACAACAAGCCGGAGCAGGCUCAUCUGCAGACUCGUCUGCUCGAGAUGAACCUGCUCCACGCCCCUCAAGUUGCGGAUGCCAUCCUCGUCAACCAGAUUCUGACGCACUUCGACCGCCCUCGCAUUGCCAACCUGUGCGAGAAGGCCGGCCUCCUCCAGAGGGCGCUUGAGCUGUACGAGGAUCUCGCGGAUAUCAAGCGUGUUAUCGUACACACGACCGCGUUCCCGGUCGAGUGGCUUGUGGACUACUUCAGCCGCCUUACGACCGAGCAAUCGUUUGCAUGCAUGCAGGAGAUGCUUCGGGUCAACAUCCGCCAGAACCUGCAGAUCGCUGUGCAGAUCGCCACGAAGUACUCCGACAUUCUCGGUCCCGUGAAGCUUAUUGAGAUGUUCGAGUCGUUCAAGAGCUACGAGGGUCUGUACUACUACCUCGGCUCGGUCGUCAACCUCAGCCAGGAUCCUGAGGUCCACUUCAAGUACAUCCAGGCUGCGACCCGCACUGGACAGAUCCGGGAGGUCGAGCGCAUUUGUCGCGAGAGCAACUACUACAACCCCGAGAAGGUCAAGAACUUCCUCAAGGAGGCCAAGCUCACCGACCAGCUCCCGCUCAUCAUCGUCUGCGACCGCUUCGACUUUGUGCACGACCUCGUGCUGUACCUCUACCAGCGUGGUCUCACCAACUUCAUCGAGGUGUACGUCACGCGCGUCAACUCCGUGCGCACGCCCCAGGUCAUCGGUGGCCUGCUCGAUGUCGACUGCGACGAGACGACGAUCAAGUCGCUCUUGGCCUCCGUGCCUGGGAACUUCCCGAUCGACGAGCUUGUGCAGGAGGUCGAGAGCAGGAACCGCCUCAAGCUCAUCCUCCCUUGGCUCGAGGCGCGUGUCCAGCAGGGCAGCCAGGACCCGGCCGUGUACAACGCGCUGGCGAAGAUCUACAUCGACUCGAACAGCAACCCGGAGCAGUUCCUCAAGGAGAACAACCUCUACGAGCCUCUCGUUGUCGGCAAGUUCUGCGAGGCCCGCGACCCGUACCUCGCGUACAUUGCGUAUGCGAAGGGCUUCUGCGACGAGGAGCUCAUCCACAUCACGAACGAGAAUGCGAUGUUCAAGCAGCAGGCUCGGUACCUCGCCCGCCGCCGUCAACCCGACCUCUGGGCCCAGGUCUUGCGCCCGGACAACAUCCACCGUCGUCAGCUCAUUGACCAGAUCGUGGCCACCGCCCUCCCCGAGAGCACUGACCCCGAUGAUGUCUCCAUCACCGUCAAGGCGUUCUUGACGGCCGAUCUCCCGCUCGAGCUCAUCGAGAUCCUCGAGAAGAUCAUCCUCGAGCCCUCGCCGUUCAGCGACAACCGCAGUCUGCAGAACCUCAUGAUGCUCACGGCCAUCCGCGCGGACAAGGGCAAGGUCGUUGGCUACAUUGACAAGCUGCAGAACUACGACAUCGAGGAGAUCCCAAAGAUCGCCAUCGAGCACGGCCUGUACGAGGAGGCGUUCCUCAUCUUCAAGAAGUACGAGCAGCAUGCACAGGCGAUCAACGUGCUCGUCGAGCACGUCGUCUCUCUCGACCGUGGUGUGGAGUACGCGAACAAGGUCGACAAGCCCGAAGUAUGGAGCCGGCUUGCUAAGGCCCAGCUCGACGGUCUUCGCAUCAAGGACGCCAUCGACUCGUAUAUCAAGGCUGAGGACCCGUCCAACUACGCUGAGGUCAUCGAGAUCGCGAGCCGCGCGGGCAAAUCGGACGACCUCGUUCGCUACCUCCAGAUGGCGCGCAAGUCUCUCCGCGAGCCUAAGAUCGACACUGAGCUAGCGUACGCGUACGCAAAGACCGACCGUCUCCACGACAUGGAGGACUUCCUCGCGAUGACCAACGUCGCGGACGUGCUCGAGGUCGGCGAGAAGUGCUUCGAGGACGAGCUGUACCAGGCUGCAAAGAUUCUGUUCACGAGCAUCUCUAACUGGGCGCGUCUCGCGACUACUCUCAUCUACCUUGGUGAGAACCAGGGUGCGGUCGAGAGCGCGCGGAAGGCUGGCAACACUCAGGUCUGGAAGCAGGUUCAUGCUGCGUGUGUGGAGAAGGGCGAGUUCCGCUUGGCUCAAAUCUGUGGUCUCAACAUCGUUGUGCACGCGGAAGAGCUCUCCGCACUGGUGCAAAUGUACGAGCGUCGCGGGUUCUUCGACGAGGUUCUAUCGCUUCUCGAGGCUGGUUUGAGCUUGGAGCGGGCACACAUGGGUAUCUUCACGGAGCUUGCCAUCCUCUACAGCAAGUACAAGCCGGAGAAGCUCAUGGAGCACCUCAAGCUCUUCGUUGGUCGCAUCAACAUCCCCAAGGUGAUCAAGGCUGCCGAACGUGCCCACCUCUGGCCCGAGCUGGUGUUCUUGUACAUCAAGUACGACGAAUUCGACAACGCUGCACUUGCUAUGAUCGAGCGGUCCGCGGAUGCUUGGGAACACAACCAGUUCAAGGACGUCGUCGUCCGGGUUGCCAACGUCGAGAUCUACUACAAGGCUCUCACCUUCUACCUCCAGGAGCAGCCUACAUUGCUCACGGACCUCCUGUCGGUUAUGAUUCCCCGUAUUGACCACUCGCGGGUGGUUCGCAUGUUCCAGCAGAUCGACCACAUCCCUCUCAUUCGUUCAUAUCUCAUCGCGGUGCAGCACCUCAACAUCGAGGCGGUCAACGAGGCGUACAACAACUUGCUUAUCGAGGAGGAGGACUACAAGACGCUUCGGGACUCAAUCGACAGCUUCGACAACUUCAACAACAUGAAGCUCGCGCGCGAGCUGGAGAAGCACGAGCUGCUCGAGUUUAGGAGAUUGGCCGCACAUCUGUACAAGAAAAACAAGAAGUGGGAGGAGUCCAUCGCGCUGUCCAAGCAGGACAAACUGUACAAGGACGCGAUCGUCACCGCGGCAUCGUCCGCUGCGUCGGAGAUCGCGGAGGACAUCCUGUCCUACUUCGUCGACAUCGGCAACAAGGAGUGCUUCGCGGCGACGCUCUACUGCUGCUUCGACCUGCUCCGUGCGGACGUCGUCGAGGAGCUGUCAUGGCAGCACGGCCUCAACGACUUCUACAUGCCCUACAAAAUCCAGCGGACACGGACGACGAUCGAGAGGCUCGCUCAGCUGGAGAAGGAGGUCAAGGAGCGGUCAAAGAAGGACACCGAGAAGGAGCAGCAGGAGGCCGAGGCGCCCAUCAUCCAGCCCGGCCUCGGCGGCAGGUUAAUGCUCACGCAAGGCAACGGCUUCCCAUCGCAGGCCCCUCCGAUGAUGCCUAACGGCACCGGCUUCGGCAUUCCUCCUUCGAUGACGGGCUUUGGGGGCUUCUGAUGUGGUCGCUGUCGGUAUAGUUGUAUAUGUCGGACCUUCGUAAUUUCAGUGCAUACAUGUUUAACUCUCGUUAAUACCAUUCUCACGGAUUCUCUCUACCAUCAUCCGC